AUGAACACUUUCCGCUGCAUGAGACCAGUGGCAGGUCGAGUGGCCUUCCAAAGGGCUACUCUUCCUCGCGUUGCUCGAGCUUACAGCUCGGGGACUUAUGAGUAUAUCCAGGUUUCUCAACCCAAGCCCGGUGUCGGACAAGUUACCUUGAACCGUCCCAAGGCCCUCAACGCUCUGUGCACGCCUCUCAUCAAAGAGCUUAACCAGGCUCUUCUUGAAUUUAAUGUGGCUGACGAUACGUCAGUCAUUAUUUUAACCGGCUCCCAAAAGGCGUUUGCAGCUGGUGCUGAUAUCAAGGAGAUGGCCCCUCUUACCUUCGCCGAAGCUUACACCAAGUCCUUCAUCGAGUCCUGGUCAGACCUCACCACUCAGGUGAAAAAGCCCAUCAUCGCUGCAGUCUCAGGGCAUGCACUUGGUGGAGGCUGCGAGCUCGCCAUGAUGUGUGAUCUCAUCUAUUGUACUGAGAAUGCGAACUUCGGCCAACCCGAGAUCAAACUCGGGACUGUUCCUGGAGCUGGUGGCAGCCAGCGCCUUACUCGUGCCAUCGGCAAGUCAAAGGCAAUGGAACUCAUUCUGACCGGAAAGUCACUUUCUGGUGUCGAUGCCGAGAAAUGGGGCCUAGCUGCCAGGGUCUUUCCCACGCAUGAGGCUCUGAUGGAGGAGACGCUCAAGACAGCCGAGACAAUUGCUGGCUACUCCAAGGUGGCUGUCCAAGCCGCUAAAGAGGUUGUCAACAAGAGUCAAGAUCUGGCCCUACGUGACGGUGUGGAGUAUGAGAGACGGGUCUUCCACAGCUUGUUUGGUAGCCAAGAUCAGAAGAUUGGCAUGAAGGCAUUCGCAGAAAAGAAGAAGGCUGAGUGGAGCCACUCGUAA